AUGCUUCCUUCGAUAUGCUACAAACUACGCUUGCCCCCACGAUUAAUUCAUUUAUCUCAUAAACGUCUCAAUGGCACCUCCUCUUUCCCUUUCGAUGUUACAAAAAUUCGCAAUAUCGGCAUCUCAGCACAUAUUGAUAGUGGAAAGACCACGGUUCGGGGCAAAGAUGGUGUCGGUGCUGUUAUGGAUUCCAUGGAACUUGAACGCCAGCGUGGUAUCACCAUUCAAUCCGCAUCUACUUAUACAUCCUGGCGCGGGCAUAAUAUUAAUCUAAUUGACACUCCCGGACACGUAGAUUUCACCGUAGAGGUUGAGAGAGCUCUUCGUGUUCUUGACGGUGCUGUACUUAUUCUUUGUGCUGUUGGAGGAGUCCAAAGUCAGACUCUCACUGUUGAUCGGCAAAUGAAGAGAUACCGAGUUCCAAAUGUGGCUUUUAUUAACAAAGUUGAUCGUCUGGAUGCAAAUCCUUAUCGUGUAAUCAAGCAAAUGCGAGACAAAUUGCGCUAUCAUGCUGCCUUUGUUAAUAUUCCCAUUGGAUUGGAAUCAGAGAACAUUGGCAUCAUUGAUCUCCUAGGGGAGAAAGCCAUCUACUUUGACGAGCCUCAAGGUUUGACGCUUCGUUUUGAGGAGAUCCCCAAGGAUAUGGUUGCUGAGGCUAAAGACCGGCGUGCUGAAAUGAUUGAAUGCCUUGCAAAUGCUGACGAAGAAAUUGGUGAAGCUUAUUUGUCGGAAUCACCACUCACUAUUGACCAAUUGAAAGCAGGCAUUCGACGUGCUACACUAGCUCAUAAAUUCACCCCUGUGUUGGUUGGUACUGCACUCAAGAAUCGCGGUGUUCAACCGCUUUUGGAUGCGGUUGUGGAUUAUCUUCCUAAUCCCACGGAAAUUCAACACUUCGCUUUGAAUGAGAAGGAUGGUGAAACCAAGAAGGUACCAUUGGAUGGUUCUCGAGACUCAAGUUCACCUUUUCUGAGCCUGGCUUUCAAACUUGAGGCGAGUAAAUUCGGCCAGCUGACCUACACUCGUGUCUACCAGGGCUGUUUGCGACGUGGCGAGUACGUACGUAAUACACGAACGGGAAAGAAACUUCGAGUGCCCCGCCUGGGCCGUAUGAAUGUGGACACCUUUGAGGAUUUAGAAGCCGUUUACGCCGGUGAUAUUGCUGCUCUUUUCGGUGUUGACUGCGCAUCCGGUGAUACCCUAAUGGCGCCAAAUACAACGAUAGAGAAUCUCUCUAUGGAGUCCAUGUUCAUCCCUGAACCCGUGGUGUCUAUGUCCAUAACCCCCGUGGACAAGCACAAUAUAGAUGCCUUCAGUAAGGGCUUGGCUCGUUUCACCAAAGAGGACCCAACUUUUCGUCUUCGACACGAUGUUGAGAGCGGUCAGGCACUUGUGUCGGGUAUGGGUGAGCUUCAUCUCGAGAUUUAUGCCCAAAGACUUGCUCGAGAAUACAACGCUCCCUGUACAUUGGGAAAACCAAAGGUUGCCUUCAGAGAGACCCUUCUUGAACCCGUCGAAUUUGACUACCUUCACAAGAAGCAAUCCGGUGGAGCAGGUCAAUAUGGUAGAGUUAUUGGAAUCUUGGAGCCACUACCUACAGAACAAAAUACUCAGAUCAUCUUCUCUGAUGAAACAGUCGGUACAAACAUUCCGAAAAACUACGUUCCUGCUAUUCAAACAGGUUUCCGAAAUGUCUGUGAGUCUGGAGGCAGUCUAAGUGGCGCCAAAAUUGUGGGUGUACGAUUUCGCCUCAAAGACGGUGCUCAUCACUGCGUCGAUUCUUCGGAUUGGUCCUUUCAACAAGCUGCUGAAGGCGCUAUGCGUCAAGCUUUUGAACGCGGCAAAUGGACUAUUCUGGAACCAAUUAUGUUAGUGGAGUGCACUUCGCCAGUGGAAUUUCAUGGACAACUUCUAAGUUCUGUGACUCGACGUAAUGGACUUAUUGUGGAAUCUGACGUCAGUGAUGCAAAUGCCCGUGUUUUAGCUGAAGUGCCUCUCAAUGACAUGUUCGGCUACGCUGGAGAACUUCGAGGUCUAACGGAGGGUAAAGGGGAAUACACAAUGGAAUACUCCAAGUACUGUCCCGCCCGUAGCGAUACAAUAGAAAGGGUGAUUGCAGAGGCUGAGGCGGAGGAUGAAAAACGACGAAUUGAGUCUAGUGGUUCGUUGUCUUCAAAGAAUAAGAAAAAGAAGAGGAACUAG